ACCAAAGUGCUGUGACCUUUGCUCUCUUUCCCCGAGUCCUUGUUUGCGAGAGCUCAGCCUGUGCGACAUAGCUACAGCGUUGGUUCAUCUCUGACAUUCUAAGUAGUAUCGUGCAGGAAUCGAUAGGGUGCAGUAGUGUACGUUGAACCAUCAGCUCAGGCAUUAUGGUGGUGACCCGGUGGAAGUGGUUCUGGCAACCAAUAUGCCUAUUACUAGUCGUUAAAGUGAUCACUGUGCUUGGUGCUAAUAGUGUGGAGGAUUUGUAUGAACAAAAACUCGCCCACGAACCUGAACUUGCUGCUGCUGAUGGUGAAUUUGAGUCACUGAAAGAAAUCUUCCGACAAAACUUGAUAAAGGACUACGCGGACGGUGUCGCUAACCGGCGGCGUGAUGAGGAUGAAAAAGUUCUAGAACAAAGAAUACAAAGCUUCCUGCGGGAGAGCACCGUACGCCACCAGGCCGAAGGGAAAAGAAUGCGUCGAGAUGCGAGCGACGCUGAUGCGGCCAUCGAAGCGGACACUGCGGAAGCGCGACAGCUUUAUCUGAAAGGCUUCCGUGAACGAGGUCAGGUGCCUGUUAAUUUCCCGGUCGACAUUUGUCUGCUUCGUGUCGGCAAAUCCAUCUUUGCUGCCGCCCUUCACCAAAGCGAAACCAGCAAUCGGACGAUGAAUGCCACUGCUGUAUCAUUUUAUCGAAGGGUGAAAGGAAAAUUCGAAAAGUACCACGAACAUCAAACCGUCACUGCACGUCACUUCGACUGUGUGUCCAUUGCGCACCUGGGAUUUGUGGCGGUGGUCAACUAUCACGACCAGGAGCUGAACGUGUUCGCGGAAGGCUCGCCCGUCUUUCAGAUCCACGAAGAUGGCAAGACGGAGCUCGUGCAAACCUUUGGCCAGCCAAACCAGAACACGGUACACCUAUGGGUGCACGGCAAACAUGUGUUCCUAACGCACACCUACAUCAAUCUGGACGCUAGCCGCUCAAACGUCUGCCCGCUGUACCGAUGGGCUGGCUACUACUUCGACGUGGUCGAUCAUAUGCCGUGCUACAACUCCGUGCACAUCGAGGCGUUCUCGAUCGAGCAGCAGAUGUUUGUUGCCGUUGCAAAUCAGAUGUCGGCCGUGCAGGGAAAGGACACGUUUUCGGACAUAUUUCUACUGAACCCGGACACGCAAAAGCUGGUGCUACAUCAGCGCAUCUAUAUUUAUUCCGUGUCGGAUAUAGCGUACUUUUUCUUCGAAGCACGUGAACGUCGGGAACACUACCUCGUGACUGGUAAUUCGCAUGAGGACGGUUCCGGUUCGGCUGGAAGCAGCUCGCGCAACGUAGACCAGAACUCGAUCGUGUACAAGUUUGUCGAUGGAUACUUUGUGCCGUUUCAAAAUUUGGAACUUACUGGUGUGAAAAUGUUCCUGCCGGUUGUGCAUGAAAAUGGAGAGUUUCUUCUGCUCGUGCUCUGUCACGAUCAGCCCCUGCUGAUCUACGAAUACGACGGUUGGAAAUUCGUCCCGUCGCGCAUCGAUUACACGGGCGAAGCGUUUGCUGCCGGCGUAUCGCACAUGCGCGUCUAUCGACACAUUGUGAACGCAAGCGUGAUUGUAAUUGCCAACAGUAAUUUGUUUGGAAAGUCGAUCAAUCUGUUCACCCCACAGUACGGCGUGCAGAACGAUUUGCGACAGGUGUAUGCACACUUUAUUGAAUGGUGCGAGCGAAUGCACGAACAGCUGGCGCAGGUGAAUUUGGAGCAGCUGUACAAUCGGCUAAUUAGCUUGCCGAACCAUUCACCGGACGGUGCACGCAUCGUGCAGAAGGAUCUCGAGAUGCAAGAUUCGUCGGUCGGAUCGAUCACUACCAAAGCGAUACACACCAAACGGCUGCUGGUGGAUGAUGCCAUGCUGUCGUACGUGAUCGAGGUGAACGAGUACGUGCAGCGGGUGAAGGAAAAGAUGGAUCUGGUCGAACAAACGAUCCAUGGCAGUGUGCUGACAAAUGACACAGUGCGCUGGAAUGGUGAUUUGGCGGUUUCCGAACUAAUAGCACCGGCCGGACAGAUGAAACAGCUCGACGUGAAAAUGCUGAACAAUGCAGCGCACAAGACGCGCCACGCAGAAGCAUCGAGAGGCGAUACAGUCGAGGACGAUAUGAUCGUGGUCGAUCGUCUGAUAGUUGAUCGGAUCACCGGUGUGCAAUUCUUUAACGGACAUGCGGCAGAAAGUUUGCUUCUGGUUGAUGACCCACCGGCGAAAUGGCGGGACAAUUCGCUAACCGCCAAAAAAGUAGUCGUUGGUGGUAAUCUGUUCGUUAACAAGCUGAUCGACGGUAUCUUCUUUCACCCGGCGAACGUCCUACUGCCGAAUGUGAAUCAACUAUUCAGCACAAAGAACUUGAUGGUAAAGGAUUUAAGCGUGAACCGACUGACGAGCAAACGGUUCAACUCUACCGAUGCGGUAGCGGUGCAGCGUAUGAUGGAUCAAUCGCGCACGCUACUAGCUAAAGCGCGCGGUGCAAUGCCACAGGAGUAUGGCAGCGAUUUCGAAACCAUCGACGCGGACAACCUGCAGCUAACGGGUCUGUUCAACGAGAUUGAUCCUCGCGUCCUGAGCGAGCACGUUUUGCACGAACAAGCGGCAGACCAACAGUUUGCUGGAAAGCUGGUCAUAGAUCAGAUAACCGCGCAUCGUGUGGAAGUCGUUGAUGCAAAACUGUCCGGAGUGGAGAUAGCGAACGUGGCUCGUACUACUGGCGACCAGCAGAUGAUCGUUCAGGAUCUACAGUUUGUGCAACCGAUGCUGGUGGACAGUUUGUUCCUGCAGGAUCGUCUAAAUCACAUUCCCGUAAUGGAGGGAAAGCUGCAGGUGCUGCAUCUAACAUCCGACGAAGUGCAAUCCAUCACCGGUACGAAAACUUUCGACUACGUUACGCUACAGAAACCGAUCGAGCUGCAGGGCAAAAUCAAUGGAGAAAGUUUGAGCAAAAUGAACCCAAUCAUGUCGAUCGGAACCGAUCUCGUGCUGAACGGUGACUACACCAUCCACGGCAACGUAACGUUCAAUGGACCACUGUGGGCGCAUAACAUUCUAAGUCCCGGAGGUGUACACCACCUGCAUCGGCUAACAACUCACGGUUUGCGCUUAAACACGGCACCUCCACGGGAGCAGGUGAUUAAAUUUCUUCAGCCCGUGUUUGUAGAACAUCUGCACGCGGAUAAGAUUAACGAGCUCGAUGUGAACGAUCUGGUGCCCCAGACGGCGGGAGCAGUUCAGUAUAUUACGGGACGCAAGACAUUUGUUUCGGAGCUGAAGGUUGAUGGCGUAGCCGAUGCGAACGAGAUCAAUAAGGUGGAUCUGAAUCAACUGAAUCGAACAAUCUUGCGCCGAACUGGUCCGGAGCAAACCAUCGAGGGAACGAUACAUUUUGACACCAUUAUUGCGCCCAUCGUAAACAGUGCCAACGUUCUGUUCGAAUCGAAACGCAUCGAUCGUCUGCUUCGGCUAGAUACUGCCCAGAAUGUAAGUGCACCGGUGCGCUUUGAAAACUGCACCAUACACGUGAGCCGUUCGCUCGUAGCGCAGGAAAUACGCGCAGACGACAAUCGGUCCACCGUGUAUGGGUACGAUCUGGAGCACCUGCUGCAAGACACUCUGACGCUUGAUAACGUCGAUGAAACGAUCGUUCCGAGCAUAGCGGGUCUUAAGUCGUUCCGAAAUCUCACCAUCGGCCGGUUAGUUCUGCAAGACGGUGCAACGCUGAAUGGCAUACCGGUGGAGAACUUGCGGCACAUUCUUGCCGCCGGUGAUAAUCGGACAAUCCUCAAAAACGAACCGUACCACUUCCAGAGCGACAUUACGGUAAACGAUCUCUUGUUCGAAGGUUCCAUAAAUGGCAUACCGAAGGACGCGUUUUGCCGGGCCUGGCUUAUGUACGGUGGCAAUCAAACGUUUACGGUGGGACAAACGUUCGACCAUGUUGCCACGGGCCAUCUGUAUGCUUCCGGCAAGCUUAAUGAAGUUACGAUGGAACAGCUGGUGGAAAAUGCGUAUCGCACCGAUCGCGAGGAGCACAUCGAACAGGCAGUGUUUCAUCAAGGGAUCGUUACAUACGAACCGUCUACCGUUGGAGGUUUAGUAUCAGGGCUGAAUCUGUCCAGCGACAUGCUGCUGAAACAGUGCCCCGAAAUACAAACGCUUGAAACGAUGCACAUAUCCGGCGCGCUGGACGCUAACGGGGAGUUGCACAUUCUGAGCCAACUGAACGGUAUCAAUUUUCCCAAGAUGAUGGAAUUUUUUAGCCCCUCGGAAAAUGGUGCCGGGACGGAAAAUGCACCGAUCGACAUGGACGUACACGGUAACGUGUACCUCGAGCAUGAUCCAACCGUCAUCCAUCUGAACGGCCACAAUGUGCAGAAACUGUACGGCGAGGUGUGGCUAUCUCACCGACCAACGGUGCUCACUGGCCGUUAUCAUUUCGAAAGUGUUGAGUUUCAAAAAGAACUCCAUCUGAAGGAUCAACCGAUCAAUCAGCUGCACUGGGACGACGUGGAGGCACGGUGCCUGAGCGGAAGCCGACCACAAAACAUUACGGCACCGAUGGAAUUUCUGGCCGAAGUCACUGUUCGUGCCGGUGCCAUUUUUCAAGAUAUUCACCUGCAAGGAUCCAUCAAAAGUACCGAAAGUUCUCCCGGCAUUGAUGUGGUAGAAUAUGAUCAGUUUGCACUGCGCCAUCACCAACCACAGGAAAUUGGCGGACGGUGGCAGUUUCAUGAUGUGGAGAUACACGGAGACUUUAAUCCGAAAACGCUCAACGGCUAUGACGUGGAAACUGACUUACUGAGGAAAGAUGUUCCCGUUGGAAACUUUACCGCUGCAAAACGAUUCCGCGAGCUACACACAGAGAGCAUCGUUUGUGCCCCUCCGUGCGUCAUACAAGGUGUCGAUAUGGACGAAUGGUACGCAAAUGGGUUACGAUUGAGGGGUAAUCAAUCGAUAGAAGGAACGCUCCACAUACACGAUGCGAUCAUCACGGGGAAUCUGGAAGUGCUAGGCACGGUGAACGGAAUGCAAUUUGACGCCCAACACUUGCUACUGAAAUCGUUGCCGCAAAACGUUAACGCCACCCUGAGACUUGUUACGAAAUUUCCCAAGGAGAACAUCAUUUUCCCACUAGUGUUUGAAUCGCUGAAUGCAACGGCAAUCAAUGGGAGGAACGUGGAGCAGUUCAUGACAAACGUUGCGCUGAUAAGUCAAAAUCCGCUAAUAGUCGACAUUCCAGUUACGCUCGUCCAACCGUUAGAGGCGGAAGAAACGGUGCUCGAAGCAGACACGGUUUUUGGCACAAACGUUACACAACUGCUGCUAAACACUUCCUAUCGGAAAGACAUAAACGCACUAGCGUCACAGGUACGGUCGCUCAACAGUGUGAACGAUAAGCUGGCACAGAGUGUGUUCGAAAACAGUCCCGUGUUUAGUCAUUUUGACAAAAUGAAACCAUUCGCUGCACAAACAGUACGUAUGCUCGUACUGCCCGUUUCGAUUCCUUCCGGACCGAUCGAUUUGAUUGUCGUGCACAGCGCCGAACCCGAUAGGCCUUCCGCCAUUGAGUUUUACCAUUGGAGCGAUAAAAAAUCAAGCUUAGUGCCUGCCAAAUCUUUCCCACCGAUUGUUGGCCGCGAUCGGGAAAUCGUAAACGUGAAGCGACUAAACUUUGGGCCCCGACAGCACCUGUUUGUUGAGUUUCUUCUGCAGCACGGGAGCAACCAUUAUGUGCAGCAAAUUUUAGAUUUGAACACCGAAACCUCGGGCACGUACAAGUUUACACCGCUGUACGUGAUGAACAGCACCCGGGCACGGGAUGUCAUCUGGAUGAGAAUAGUAAAGCUGGACUGUAUCGUGAUGUACACGAAAGGAAUGGUGGGCCUUGAGGUGCGUUGUGUGCGCGAGCACAACCUCGUACAAAUACUGGACGUGCGACAAAUCGAAGAAACGGUUGUGCCGAUGCAAAUUGUCGCCCUGGAAAAUCAUCUCAUCGUACUGGACAACAGCGAACGUAUACAGGUUUGGCGAGCAACGGCCAACUUCUACCUUAAGCAUCACCAGACAAUUACCGUUUCCCACCCAUCGUACCUCAGUGUGGCGAGGUAUGAAAAUCAGCUACUGCUAGCCAUUAAUUCAGAACACACCCCGAACACGGCACAUCACGGAUCGAUUGAAAUAUGGCGCAAAGCGCUCACCGCCAAUGCCACAUUUGCGCAACAUCAGCUGAUACUGACCAAACUGCCGAAACAGCUGCAGUUUUCGGUGUUACCGUCGAAGGAUAUGCUGCUGUACACGCUGACGGAAAAUUGGUUGCACCCGUUGGUGGUGUACCGAUACGAAGGAGUGACCGGAUUCAGAGAAAUACUGACGACGAAUACAAUUCGUCAGAAAGCGAAACGAAUGUCGGUGCUGAAGCUGCGGCUGGCGCGGAAAGAAAUCGUAGCGAUUGUAGGCCCCGAGUCUACAGAUUUUGUGCAAGUGGUGUUUGUGUAAACGUUAGUUUGUUCGUGUAUCGAUCUUAUAUUUAUUAUUUAUUCCUAAUCGAUGUAAACGAUUAUUUGUGCACGUUGGCUGAAAUGGUUCAAAAAUAUUUAAAUAGAUAAUGGAAUUACAA